UUACCUCAAGGUUGCGCUCAUCACGCAAAUAGUAGAUCUAUAAAUAUUCUGGCUGAUGUUUAGGACUAGAAAACGAAAGACAAAUAUUAUUAACCUCAGCACUGUCAAUACGCGUGUAAGACUUAAAGAACACGCAGCACGUGAAAACUCAAUGAAAGUUCACGGGAAUAUCAAGCAGCCCCAGUGAGACUUUAGGGAACUGCUAGCAUAGCACAUGAACUUAAUCAUUAUCAGCCUGACGAGCGACAGUCACUAACCUCGGCCUGAAAAACACAUCGACAUGCCGAGGCUACUAGAGUCACUGGCAUCCGGACUGGACUUCAUUACAUUUCUCGGAAACAGAAUAAACUCUAACAACAGCAAAAGUGAGCUUCGAAGCAUCUACAACACCGAGUUUAAGGACAGAGAAGGAACAAAACAUCCCAACUUUUCCAAUGUUGUCUAUGCUCUUUUGAAAUUCAACAAAGUCUACAUAAGAAAUGGAAAAAUCUUCAUAAGAGUUAGGCGCCAGGUUCAAAUAUACUCUGAUCAGUGGAGGAGGCGAUGGGUCUCCCAGCCACAAAGCCUCAGUUCUGGAUCUGUGGACACAGCAGACCCACAUGCUCCCCCCACAGACAUACAAGCAUCUGUGUUGACCCCUAAGAAGAAACUGGCCACAGAUGUCCUCAACAAGAUGAAGAACAACAGGAACGAGAUGGCAUCUGAUAAACGGGGCAUUGAAAUCACCUCAGUCCCUCCGGCGAUCGAUGGAAAGAUUCAGUUAAAUGUGUUUCAUGGAGAGGAACCAACCACAGUCUAUUUCCACAUUUUAAACAACAGCUCAGACAGCAUCAACUUCAACAGCUACGGUGCUCUGAGCAGGAUUCGCUGUUUCACCCUGGUGGACGAGAGGAGAGUGACCAAAGCCAGUCCGCUGUUUCUCUGUCCUGGAGAGAGCUAUGACAUCACUGUUAGGAUGACACUUAAACACACUGGAUACUACCCUGUUAAAAUGUACUUUGAGUUCCAAGCAGAGCUCGAUUUGCCAAAGUCUGUGCCCUUCCAGAUUUUCAGGGAGAUUGAAGCUACAGUACAGACCCAGCUGGCUGAGGAGCUGAGGCCUAUAGCUCCCUAUAAUCGAGUCCAGGUGCCUGCUUAUAAAGCUGCUAAUGUAGUUGAGGAGGGAAUACCACCUGAGGGGGGUUCUGCUGGCCAACGCAUGCCAGUAGCAGUAAAAUUAAAAGAAUACAGCUACCCUCAAUACCUGAAGGAACUAGCCAAACAAGGGAUGGAAGACUCUGAGCACCUCUCUCCAGCUGCCAGGCAGAAACUUUCAUCAGUGAAGAAAAUCCUCAACUCUUCCUUAAGCAUGAAGGACUACUCCUGUCGGUUCCACCUCCUCCUAUACUUGGAAGAGAUACAGAUGGAAGUGGGCAUCAGAAAGUAUGACCUCCACAAUCAAACCAUGAUUCAAGACCACGACGACAGAAAACUCAUCGUACUCAAAGUUCCUGGUGUUGCUGAAAAUCGUCCGUCUGUUCUUCGAGGAGAUUGUCUCAGGGUGACUAGAUCUGGGGAGCAAAGUUCACCAAUCACGGUGUACACUGGAUAUGUCCACAAAGUAGAGCUGGACAGUGUCAAGCUGGGCUUCUCUAGAAAGUUUUUGGAGACUUUUCUAAACAACAUGAGAUUCAACAUGGAGUUUACAAUCAACAGGUUGACUUUGAAGCUACAGCAUCGUGCCGUGGAUCUGGCAGUGGAGCAUCAGCUUGGGGAGGUUCUGUUUCCAUCCGGUGCAGCGGUGCCUGAUGUUCCUUUGCCUGAGCUUAGGAUGCUCAACAGUAAGCUGGAAGAGAACCUGGAGCAGCGUGAUGCAGUCCGGUACAUCGUAGGCGGGUCAUCAAAGCCUGCUCCUUAUAUUGUGUUUGGGCCUCCUGGUACUGGAAAGACAAUCACUUUGGUAGAAGCUAUUGAACAGGUCAUCAGGGCCAAUCAGUCAGCCCGUAUCCUGGCCUGUGCACCUUCAAACAGUGCAUGUGACACACUCUGUGAGAGACUGGUGCCUCACAUGAACUCGAAUGAGGUUUACCGCAUGUACGCCAUCAGCCGAAACCCGAGCAGCAUCCCUGGUAUAUUGCUGAAAUACUCUAACUGGGAUGACAAACAGGGCUUUUUUGUGUUUCCUGAAAAAGAAAUUCUGAUGAAAUACAAAGUUAUAGUUACGACUUUGUUCACAGCUGGCCGACUUGUGACCGGAGGGAUCCCAGUUGGCCAUUUCUCACAUGUGUUUGUGGAUGAAGCAGGUCAAGCUGGAGAGCCGGAGUGUGUUAUUGCAGUUGCAGGUCUGCUCAGUGCAGAGAAGAGUCAGUUGGUUCUAGCAGGAGAUCCAGAGCAGCUGGGACCAAUUCUUCAAUCUCCUUAUGCAAUGAAGUAUGGACUCGAACUGUCUCUGCUGGAGAGGCUGAUGAAACAUGAAUUAUAUCAAGACUUUGACAAACGUUUUGUCACGAAACUACUGAGAAACUACAGGUCUCAUGGUGCGAUUCUGAAAAUCCCAAAUGAGUUGUUCUAUAAGGGUGAAUUGCAGGUUUUUGCUGACGAGGUGGAGCGUGAGGCCUACUGCAACUGGGACGGCCUUCCCAAAAAGGGUUUCCCAGUGAUCUUCCAUGGAGUGAUUGGGAAAGACCAGAGAGAGGCCAACAGUCCAUCUUUCUUCAAUGUGUCUGAGAUUGAAGUCCUGGUCAGCUACCUCAUCCAGCUUUUUGAAACGCAAGGAAAGGAGGGUCUGCCCGAGAUCUCUUCUCAGGACAUCGGCAUCAUCACCCCUUACAGGAAACAAGUUGAGAAAAUCCAGAAGGCUUUGAGGUCUGUCUCUGCCCUAAAACAAUGGAUUAAUCUUAAAGAUCUCAAGGUGGGAUCUGUGGAGGAGUUUCAGGGACAAGAGAAGAAGAUCAUCAUGGUCUCGACAGUCCGUAGUAGCAUCGACUAUGUAAAGAUGGACAAAGACUACAAUAUCGGAUUCCUAUCAAAUAGAAAGAGGUUCAAUGUUGCCCUGACAAGAGCCAAGUCUCUGCUUAUAGUCGUGGGAAACCCUGUCACACUCAAAACCGAUCCAAACUGGGAGAAGUUCAUCAGCUACUGUGUGAAAAUGCAGGGUUAUACUGGGGUGGAUUUAAAGUAUGAAAAAGAAGACGAUUUUGUGGCAAAAAUGGCCUCCCUGAAAAUCUUGGAUUCUGAAGGCGAGGCAGAUGACCUCCAGUAGCACGUGAAGCCAGUUUGGGAGAACAAGCACUUCCUUUAGAACAAUCAGCCACAUCCUCAAAAUGUGAAAUUUUCUUACAUAAAGCUGUGGCCAGACCUAGUAUUUCUAGUUUUUCCUAUUUGUGACUCAGUAUAUCAAAUGCAUAUAUCCUUUUUAUAAAACUCUUACAAUAGUUUGUAGAACUUGUGGUGCAGUUAAUGGUUCUCUGUCACUAUGCCAAAGGUAAGCAGUGAAUCUAUUUAAUUACUGCCUUUUACACUUUGAUUCUUUACAUAUCACUCUUUAAAUUCAAUAACCAUGAAAACAGCUGCAAAGCUAGACAUUUUUCUGCAUUUUACAUUUUAAUUCAGAUUAAUUUUUCACCACUUGUCACCAAUGUUUUCACUGUUUACUCCAACUGCUUUUAUUCCUCUGAAAAUAAAGUCUAGACCUUUUGAAUAUG